UGUCUGUCAUUGAUGUCAUUGGCUUACUAAUUUUUAUAAAUUGCUAUUUUUUUCUAGCUAUUUCCGUUUUUCAGUUUUGCUUUAAUUUUAUUUUAAAUAGAGUUCGUUUGAAUUAAGUUUUACUAAUAUUUGAGUCGUGUUUGAAAAGCUGUUAUUAAAUUUCAUAAUGGCAUCGUUACCAAUCGUGUCUAUUACACGUCGAGAAACUUUCAGCUCCUGCCACAGGCUGCAUAGUCCAUUUCUUAGUGAUGAAGACAAUAAAAAAUUAUUUGGUAAAUGCAAUAAUCCAAAUGGGCAUGGACACAACUAUGUUGUUCUGGUGACAGUAAAAGGGCCAGUAGAUCCCCAAACUGGGAUGGUGAUGAAUGUACAUGAUCUCAAACAGUACAUGCAGCAAGCUAUUAUGGACCCCCUUGAUCACAAAAACUUGGACCAAGACGUGCCAUACUUUAAAGCUGUGGUAAGCACAACAGAGAACUUAGCAAUAUUUAUUUGGGAUCAACUUCAAAAAAUUAUGGACAAGCCACAGUUGCUACAUGAAGUUAAAAUAUUAGAAACUGAGAAGAACCAUGUAGUGUAUCGAGGUGGCUCUACGUAUCCUAGGAAGAAAUUUAAUUCGGCAGCACUACAUUCUAACCACCAUGAUGUUUCUUCAGAUUCUGAUUAGAUUUUGACAAAUAAAUGUUCCUUGAAUUUAAGAUAAAUGAAAUAUUCAAAUAUUUUGUACAUUUCA